AUGAAUAGUGAUUUGGGAGGCUUAGGUGGCAGGCCUACAAAUCCACAAGCAAAUCCUUUUGGAAGUGCCUUGCAUGGUGCUGGACCAGGAUUGAUCCGUACUGGACUAGAAGCAUAUGGGGGGAGGUUCUUAGAUUCAAGUUCUGAGUUUAUGCAGAGCAAUAUAACACAAUAUUUAUCCAACCCUCAGUACUACUUUCAAGUCAACAGCCAGUAUGUGAGGAACAAACUGAAGGUCAUCUUGUUCCCUUUCUUGCACAGGGUUUACCCUGAGGCGCUGACCCUACAGUUGUCUAAAGGGAUACUUGGCUGGUUUCUGCAAGUCAUCCUCAUCAAGGGUCUGCUGUACUCCCUGGCAGCGGUAGUUGGUACAGAACUAUCGGUUAUCGAUAUCUGCCAAGAAAAUGAAGGGACUUGUGAGUACCUCUUUUUGUUUCUGUUGGAGACUAAAAGUUGGAACUUGGAGGCAGGCAGGGAGGGUGGGAGUUCAAACUUCGUGGAUGAUCUCUAA